AUGGCUCGCUCUCAGAGCUACUGGACUAUUGCCUUUGGCAUGAUAGCCUGGAGCCUUCUUCUCUUCAGCCCUCUGGCAUUUGUCGGAACUGCGAGAGCAGACGACGUCGCUGACUAUGGCACUGUUAUCGGUAUUGAUUUGGGAACUACAUACUCUUGCGUCGGUGUGAUGCAACAGGGCAAGGUUGAAAUUCUCGUCAACGACCAAGGAAACCGAAUUACCCCCUCAUACGUUGCCUUCACCGAAGAAGAGCGAUUGGUAGGAGAUGCUGCCAAACAACAGGCAGCUUCCAACCCCAGGAAUACUGUAUACGAUGUUAAACGAUUCAUUGGUCGAAAGUGGGCCGAGAAAGAAGUCCAAAAUGAUAUCAAGCAUUUCCCUUACAAGGUAAUCGAACAGGAUGGCAAACCCGUUGUCCAAGUCGAUUUCCAGGGCGCCAAGAAGAAGUUUACCCCCGAAGAAAUAUCUGCCGUCAUUCUAGGCAAGAUGAAGGAGGUUGCCGAGUCCUACUUGGGCAAGAAGGUUACCCACGCCGUCGUUACUGUCCCCGCCUACUUCAAUGACAACCAGAGACAAGCUACCAAGGACGCCGGUAUCAUCGCAGGUCUUAACGUUCUCCGAAUUGUUAACGAGCCUACUGCUGCUGCUAUCGCCUAUGGUCUUGACAAGACUGGUGGCGAACGUCACAUCAUUGUCUACGAUCUUGGUGGUGGUACUUUCGAUGUCUCCCUUCUGUCCAUCGAAGAUGGUGUGUUCGAGGUCUUGGCUACCGCUGGUGACACCCACUUGGGUGGUGAGGAUUUCGACCAGAGGAUCAUCAACCACUGGGCCAAGAACUACAACAAGAAGAAUUCGGUCGACAUCACCAAGGAUCCUAAGGCCAUGGGUAAGCUCAAGCGCGAAGCCGAAAAGGCCAAGCGAACUCUAUCUUCCCAAAUGUCCACCCGUAUCGAAAUCGAAGCCUUUUUCGAUGGCAAGGAUUUCUCUGAGACCCUUACCCGAGCCAAGUUCGAGGAGCUCAACAUCGACCUCUUUAAGCGAACUCUUAAGCCCGUUAAGCAGGUUCUGGAUGACGCCAAGAUCAAGAAGGACGAGAUCGAUGACAUCGUUCUUGUUGGUGGUUCCACUCGUAUCCCUAAGGUCCAGGCUCUUCUUGAGGAGUUCUUUAGCGGCAGGAAGGCUAGCAAGGGUAUCAACCCUGAUGAGGCUGUUGCUUUCGGCGCAGCUGUUCAAGCCGGUGUUUUGUCCGGUGAUGAGGGUGCUACCAAUGUCGUCCUUAUGGAUGUGAACCCAUUGACUCUCGGUAUCGAGACCACUGGUGGUGUCAUGACUAAGCUUAUCCCCCGUAACACCCCUAUCCCAACUCGUAAGAGCCAGAUUUUCUCGACCGCUGCCGAUAACCAGCCCGUCGUCUUGAUCCAGGUCUUCGAAGGUGAACGAUCCAUGACCAAGGACAACAACCUGCUCGGCAAAUUCGAGCUUACCAAUAUCCCUCCGGCUCCCCGCGGUGUUCCUCAGAUCGAAGUCUCCUUCGAGCUAGACGCCAACGGUAUCCUAAAGGUGUCAGCUCAUGACAAGGGAACCGGGAACACUGAGUCCGUUACCAUCACCAACGAUAAGGGCCGACUCAGCCAAGAAGAAAUCGAGCGCAUGGUCGCUGAGGCUGAGAAAUUCGCCGAGGAGGACAAAGCUACCCGUGAGCGUAUCGAGGCUAGAAACGGUCUAGAGAACUACGCCUUCAACCUGAAGAACCAGGUCAACGAUGAAGAUGGCCUCGGUGGUAAGAUUGAUGAGGAAGACAAGGAGACUAUCCUCGACGCCGUUAAGGAGACGACUGACUGGCUCGACGAGAACGCCGCUACGGCGAGCGCCGAGGACUUCGAGGAGCAGAAGGAGAAGCUCUCGAACGUUGCCUACCCGAUCACAUCUAAGAUUUACAGCAACGCGGGAGGUGCCGCGGAUGACGAUGAGCCGUCACCACACGACGAGUUGUAA